UGUGAGCGCGCAGUGAUGCCAUACGGUCCGCGUCAGGAACACUGAAGCUUAUAGCGGCAGGCUUAUAAUGUCCACUAGUCGAUAUGUGCUUCUGCUCUCUAAUCGUCAAAUCAACUCGCUAAUGUCGUAAAGGUGGAUUCCAAUGCUCCAGAGACAGAGAAGGUAGCGCACAGAGCGGAGGAGCCAUGACUCUGACGAGAGGGUCGUUCACCUACACCACGGGGGAGGAGUACCAUGGGGAGUGGAAAGAAGGUCGGAGACAUGGAAUGGGCCAGCUGAAGUUCUCAGAUGGAACCUGCUAUGCGGGACAGUUUGAGAAUGGACUGUUCCAAGGCUCGGGGGUGCUCCUCUUCCCAGACGGAUCCAGGUAUGAGGGUCAGUUUACCCAGGGGAAGUUCCAGGGUGCUGGGGUCUUCAGUCGCUUUGAUGGGAUGAAGUUUGAAGGAGAGUUCAAGAGUGGUCGUGUGGAGGGAUAUGGGUUACUAACGUUUCCAGAUGGGAACCAUGGUGUGCCGCGUAACGAGGGCCUGUUUGAGAACCACAAGCUGCAGAAGAGGGAGAAGUGCCAGGGGGUGGUACUGCAGGCACAGGGAGCCGCCUCCACUGCCCGCAGUCUGGCUCUAUGACCCUGCAGACACCCGAGACCCCACCAGGACACUAUGAGGAGUGGCUAGCUGUUCAGCAACUGAACUCAUCUUAGAUCCAAAAUGGUGGAACAAUGGGUCUCAACCAUGGCCAGGGUACAACAUCCUCAUACAGGCACUCAGGGAUGGACAACAGGGUCAUGCACCAGGGUUGUGGGGAUUCUUGAAUUUGAAUUAGCCACACUCCACAGAAAGAAGAAUUGAAUUUGAAUGAAAGGAAGUAUAAUUUAAUUCAAUGUAUUUUAUUUAAAUUCAAAUGUAUAAUUUAUUAUACACAUAACUUGGCCUAUGCGCAAUGUACAGUUACUAAUACUAUGUAUAACAUACUGUAGGUUAAACCUAACAUUACCUCUGAGUUAUAAUCAAGUUCAUAUUUUAAAUGGGGUUUUCUUUGUAGUAAUAAGUUGCAUAUGCUUUUGGUAAAAUACAUGUCAAAGGUUGAAACGUUCAUGUCUCAGUUAAAUUGAUUUGAAUUCAAUGUGUACUUCCUUCAAUUCAAUGUCUACUUCCUUCAAUUCAAUGUCUACUUCCUUCAAUUCAAAGUCUGCUUUCUGUGGGGUGUGGGCAAUUGAAAUAGAAUUUGGUAUUUCAUGGGUUGAAUUAAAUUCAGAAUUGACCCCAACCCUGUCAUUCUCGCUCUCUGUCUCUCUCUCGCUCUCUCUCUCGCUCUCUCUCUCGCUCUCUCGCUCUCUCUCUCUGUCUCU